CUCCGCUCCCUGGGAGGGGCUGGGUGCCAGAGCGCGGGAGACGCCGCGGGGGAAACCCGGCUGCUCCGCCGUUGUCUGAUGAGGCCAGGGGGGUCCGCAUCUGCAGAUCCCUCUCUGGGGACACAGUUUUUGACCCCCCCCUCUCAGCUCCGGAGACGCGGUUCCCGUAGUCGGGUAGCUGGGGGAUUGUGUUUAGUACUUGUCACCGUUCCGAACUGGGCGUCCCGGACUCGGGAGCCUUGUGUUUGCUCAGGACUACAUUUCCCAGAAGGCGCCGCGGUGAUCGACAGCCCGAUCAGCCUACGGGUAGGGGAAACGCCUCGUCACGGAAACUGAGAAGCCAAUGGCAAGAGGUCAUAGGCGGUGUUUUCCGGCGGCUGGCUGCGGAGCGCCGAGUCCCACCUGUGUCUCCACAGCCCUGUCACGCACCCCUGGUCGGAGUCUGGUAGGGACGCGCUGGGUGUGGCGGGCCGGGCGCGGCUCGGCGGCGGCGGACUCUCCUUCCCGCUCCGUCCCCGGCGGGGCCCCGGGGCGGACCUGAUGACCCUCAAUGAUGUGGCUGGGGACUUCAGGGAAGAAUGGAAACUACUUAGAGAAUCCUCUUCAGGGAUACGACCCAGCGCCGUUAGAAGAAUGGGCUCUCAAAGGGAUUUCUAGACCAAGUGUCAUCUCCCACCUGGAACAGAAAGACGAGCCCUGGCUCCUACCACUCCAACAUUUUGAGGCAAGGGAGAUCCUAAAGGAAAGUCACUCAGACUUGGAGAAUCAGCUGGAAAAACUCCAUCAGGAUGUUUCUGAAACAGCAGGACAAAGCAGAACAUCCUCAGAAGGGGCCAAUAAAGAUGUUUAUCAGACUCCUAGCUGGGGAGGAAGCUGGGAGAGGGGCCUUGAAUUAGAACCUGGAACCCUUCCAGGGGAGGGCCAUCGGGACAAGGAUUUAAACAAGCUCCUGGAGGGAUACGCAGGAAAGAAGCCUGUGUGUGCAGAAUGUGGGAAAACCUUUAACCAGAGCUCCUAUCUCAUUAGACACCUAAGAACCCACACCGGCGAGAGGCCUUAUAAAUGCACCGAGUGCGGGAAAGGCUUCAAGCAGAGCUCAGACCUCGUCGCCCAUCGCAGAACACACACAGGAGAGAAACCCUACCAGUGCAGUGGGUGUGAGAAAAAAUUCGGCGACAGCUCAACACUCAUCAAACAUCAGAGGACCCACACGGGCGAGAGGCCCUAUGAGUGCCCAGAGUGUGGGAAGACUUUUGGGCGGAAGCCACACCUCAUCAUGCACCAAAGAACCCACACCGGAGAGAAGCCCUACACGUGCCUCAAAUGUCACAAAAGCUUCAGCCGAAGCUCCAAUUUCAUCACCCACCAGAGGACGCACACAGGAGUGAGGCCUUACCGGUGUGAUGGCUGCGGGGAGAGUUUCAGCCAGAGCUCGGAUCUGACCAAGCACCAGAGGACCCACACCGGCGAGCGGCCCUUUAAAUGCCCCGAGUGCGGGAAGGGCUUCACGGACAGUUCCCAUUUCGUCGCGCACAUGAGCACGCACUCGGGAGAGAGGCCAUUCAGCUGCCCCUCCUGCCCCAAGAGCUUCAGCCAGAGCUCCCAUCUGGUCACGCACCAGAGGACCCACACCGGCGAGCGGCCCUUUAAGUGCGACAGCUGUGGCAAAGGGUUCGCCGACAGCUCUGCCCUCGUUAAGCACCAGCGGAUCCACACGGGCGAGAGACCCUACAGGUGUGGCGAGUGCGGGAAGAGCUUCAAUCAGAGCUCCCACUUCGUGACCCAUCAGCGGAUCCACUUAGGAGAGAGACCGUAUCCGUGCCCCGAGUGUGGCAAAACCUUCAAUCAGCGUUCCCACUUCCUGACACACCAGAGGACGCACACAGGAGAAAAACCUUUCCACUGUAGUAAAUGUGACAAGAGCUUCCGUCAGAAAGCACACCUUUUGUGCCAUCAAAACACUCAUUUGAUUUAGGAAAUAAUCUUUAGUGGUUUUGCUGCUCCCUUCCAAAAAUUUAAAAAAUAUAUAUAUAUUUCUAUUGACUUCAGAGAGAAAGGGAGAGGAAGCGAGAGAGAGAGAGAGAGAGAGAAACAUCAAUGAUCAGAGAAUCAUUGAUCGGCUGCCUCCUGCA